UCAGCAUGGGGAGUAGUAUGUCAUGUGUCCCUCAACACAACUUAACAUUUUCCAGCAAGAGUUUCAUACGCAGGAACAGCAGUCGUUUGUUCCGGAGGAAGAACCCACAGGAGGGACAGGAGAAAUCCAACAGCAUAAUCAACAUUCUCUGUACUGUCACUCCACGGAAGGAUAUGUCUGCAAAAGAUCUGGAGACAAUAGAGAAUAUUAAAUGGGAUCCACCAUUUCUCUAUGAUCCAAACGGUGGCUGGAAAAAAAGUAGCAUUAACGUGAAGAACUAUGGACGGAUGGUCCACAGCUCCAAAGUACGCUUCCGUUUCCUCCACUGCCAGGAUGUGCAUGACUGCUACCUGGACUUGUUUCAAACACACCUUCACUUUGUUUCAAACAACACCACUGGACUCACUUACCAGGGAACUCUUCCACUUAAAGAACUCACCAUUUGCAAAGUGCAAAACAGGAACAGCUUUGGGGAUCCACAGGAAUUUGCAUUCCAGAUAAAUGGUGUCAGCCUGAACCCCAUUAUCGUCUACUGCUCCAGCCAAGAGGAGAUGGACAACUGGUUUGGCUUGCUGAAGGAAAACAUAGAAGCCAAUGGAGGCACGGCUAUAGUGCCGGAUACAUAUACCAGGGUUAAGGUAUGGCUCAUCCUUUGUUCUGACUAAGACUUUUCAACAGAGGGGAAAGAGGAGCUGAGAAAUUCCAUCAGUAAAGAAACCAUCUAUGAAUGGGAAGGAUCCCAGCGUGAGAGUCUGGGACCAAUCACAUAUGUGACCAAGGUCAAGCUACAGCACAUGCCUUGCCAAGAGCAGUAUGAUAGACUGCUGGUGAUGUAUCCAAACAAUCUGAUCAUCUUGUCUGAGGAGAGCGAUGGGCUCUUUUACAAGGGGAAACUUGCUCUCGAUAUGAUUACAGUAACUACCCCGUGCCAAGACGUUAAGCCCAAUACAUUCAUGAUUGAGGGAAAACUGAUAAACCCCAUCAUCGUGACCUGCCUGGACAUGAACGAGUUCCGUGACUGGAUCCAGCAUUUCAAAGCCUCCGACGUUCCCAUUCUCAGCCCUCCUCCACCUGUCUAUGACAUCAUCUACACUCCAACACACAGAGAGGCUCCAGAAUUUGAUAGAUGGAGUGGUAGUAGUCGAAGUGGAGCUGACCCUCUUAAACAUUCUUACAAUGGAAGAAGAUCCCAUGAGCUCCAGUUGCCAUGUGUUGAUGAUAACCCCAUGUCCCCUGGUUACACUGAACCUCUCUGUUACAUCUCCAGCAGACCCACUUCCACGGAAACACAGUUCUCUGCUCGGCUGAGCAGCAGGAGUAACAGUUUAUCCUCUCAUGUCAGACCCAACCAUGACCUCCGACCCCCAUCACUGCGCUACUCCUCUCCUCAACGUGUCUCCUAUCUGUCUUCCGAGGAACCCAUGUCUCCUGUCUAUAACACCCCGUACACGUCAGUUCACCACAAUGUCCCCGUCCAACGCAUGGUCAAAGCCCCACUCAUUAAGUCAAACAGCUGGAGCACCCCGCAGACAUCCAUAAAGUAUCAGCCUUCCAACCCCCAGCGUCACUCUGAAAUGUACGCCCUGCGAAAGCCCCUCUCUCCCCUUUAUGACGACCCCACCACCCCCGGGAUUUACCCGCUGGAGGAGAACGUGGUUAAGGCGGUGCACUCACAACAGCAACAGUCUGGCUCUCUUCUCCCCUCGUCUUUCAAGCUACGCACACCUCCUCUAGGCCGUAAGAACAGGGGCAACCCUGCAAAGGAGUCGGAGCUGGUCAAUGCCGAGCAUGCCGCAGCGCAACGUGCUGAAGCCGUGUCCAGACUAAAACUGUUAGCUCCUCCCAACAAGGUGUCAGAGCACAAUUAUCAACAGAGAGUUUUCCCUCCCCAUACUGCCAUGGAUACAACACAGAUGUCGUACGGUUACUCACCAGAUGACAACUCCUACCUUAAACCAGCUGAGCCAGAUGACCAGGAAAUGGACUAUGAUAACAUUUGGGAGUUGGACUGCAAUAAUGGGAUGAUUCAACAUUCGCUGCCUGGAAUUUCGCCACACCGGACGGUAGCUGACUGUGGUGCUCGGGGCCUCAGCGCCGUGGCAACACAGCAGAGAUGGUCAUAA